CUUGGUGCAGUCACCUCUGCUGUUGUUUGAAGGUGUCACAGUUGAACGAGAAGCAGCUCCAGUUACACGACAAUCAACACACUUCUACACUGAGAUCACGAACUGUUUCUGAGUCCAUGUCGCAUGAACAGGACAUUUGCUACCUCUGCAAGGAGGACCUGAGGGACCCCGUGUCCAUUCCUUGUGGUCAUCUUUUCUGUUCCAUCUGCCUCAAGACAUACUGGGACCACGCUGACCAGACAGGCCAGUACUUGUGCCCACAGUGUCGAGUCAGCUACAACAAGAGGCCUGCCCCACGCCGCCUGAUGUCCUCUCGCAGCUCUUCGGGCCAAAAGCUUUCAGAGUCCUCCCCUCCUGCUCCUCCAGCUCCAGACUACAAUUAUGCCGGCCCCAGGGAUGUGGCAUGCGACAUCUGCAUUGGGAAGAAGCUCAAAGCUGUUAAGUCGUGCCUGAUGUGCCUGGCAUCAUACUGCGAGAAGCACCUGAAACCUCAUUAUGAGUCGGCAACCUUCAAGAGGCACAAGUUAGUGGAUGAGAUCGGGCACCUGGACAGGCAGAUCUGCCCACAGCACCAGAAAGGCCUGGAACUCUACUGCCGCACAGACCAGAUGUGUAUCUGUGUCCUGUGCACUGUGAAGGAACACAAGGGCCAUGACAUGGUAUCAGCCGAACAGGAGCGAAGCGAGAUGCAGCAACGUCUGGGUGCCACACAAGCUGAGGUUCAGGAGAAGAUCCAUGACCGAAUGAAGCAGAUGGAGGAGUUGAAACAAGCAGUGGAAGCACUAAAGAGCUCUGCUCAUCGGGCAUUGCAGGAGAGCGAGAAGCUAUUUGGAGACAUGCUCCGCACCAUUGAAAGGAUGCAACAAGAAAUGGCCAAGUUGAUUUCGUCUAAUAAGAAAGCAGCGUUAAACACAGCAGAUGGCCACAUGGACCGUUUGGGGCAGGAGAUCGCUGAUCUGAAGAGGAGAGACAAUGAGCUGACGCAGCUGACGCGUACAGAGGACCACAUCCACUUCAUUCAGAGUUACCACAUGCUGAUAGCCCAGACAGAUGCUGAAGAACUGCCCACAGUUAGCGUCAACCCAUACUUCACCUUUGGCUCCGUUACCAAGACUGUCUCAGAGUUGAAACAGCACCUGAAUGAGUAUGGCAACGAGGAGCUGGUCAAGGUGGCCACCACGGUGAACAAAAUGCCUUUCUGUCAACUAGACGACAAAAAAGGGAGGAAGUCUGUAAAGGCUGAUGAAGUUGAUGUAUAUAAGACUCAGAGGACUCUAAGCCAAGCACCUCGCAGCCAGGCUCCACGCACCAGGGAUGAAUUUCUCCAGUAUGCCUGCCAGUUAACUCUAGACCCAAACACAGCAUAUAGACAGCUCUACCUUUCCCGGGGAAACAGGAAAGCAGCACUUAAGAGAGACCCCCAGUCCUACAACGAAAGCACCCAGAGGUUCGACUGCCUGCCCCAGGUUCUGUGCAAAGAGCCCCUGUCCGGUGGCACCUACUACUGGGAGGUGGAGUGGAGUGGUGAGGGGGCCUCCAUCGGCAUCACUUACAAGGGUAUAAAGCGUACAGGAUAUGGUGAUUCAGCCCGCAUUGGAUACAACCGCAAAUCCUGGGGCCUUUUCUGCUCUGAUUCCAGCUACUCAGCACGCCACAUGAAAGAUCAAGUCGAAAUCAAUGCACCCUACUCUUCUCGCAUAGGGGUUUUCCUAGACUAUGAUGCAGGCACGCUGUCUUUCUACAGUAUAGCAGAGAAUAUGACACUUAUCCAUCAGUUUAAAGCCUCCUUCACUGAGCCUGUUUAUCCUGGGUUCUGGGUGUGGUAUGAGUCGGCCAUCACUAUAUGUCAGCUGUAAUUCUGUAUUUUUUAUUUUUAUUUAUUUUUUUUUUGGGGGGGGGGGUGUUUUGAAAGAUGCCUUUCCAUAAUUUUAUAUAGAUAUAUGUGUGAAUGUCUUUUUUUAAUCAUAACUAUAAUAUAAUAAUUUUAUUAAUGAAUUUAGAUCAGCUGCAGUAAAAUGUGAAUUAGCAAUAGUAGAAUGUAUAGUAGAUUUAUUAAGUAAUAUUGUUAGUGCACAUGGUGUCAUCUGUCCGUGUGUGUGUGUGUGUGUGUGUGUGUGUGUGUGUGUGUGUGUGUGUGUGUGUGUGUGUGUGUGUGUGUGUGUGUGUGUGUGUGCAGCGUGUGUUAUCAAGUUCCAAUGCUGGUUUGAAUGCACAAAUGAAAAGACAAUAAAAAGCAAUCAAAAUCAAAAA